AUGAAUGUGCAUAAAACAUCGAAAUAUCAAGCAAAUGGAUUGGACAGCGAUGUGGAAACUUACAACGACGAUUAUUGUGCAGAAGAAGACAACGAAGAUGAUUGUCCAAAUCCUGCGGAUACUAAUUUAAUGUUGAAGAUUAUACGAAAAGGCUUAGUUGAAUCGCAGUUGGAUUUAGAAGUGCAGCUGCAAGAUCCAGAUUCUCCAUUACAUUCAGUGAAAAGUUUCGAGAGAUUGCAUUUGAAACCUGAAAUACUUAAAGGCAUUUACGCAAUGGGCUUUAACGCACCUUCCAAAAUUCAAGAGACAGCUCUGCCCAUUUUACUCGCUGAUCCCCCUCAAAAUUUAAUAGCACAAAGUCAAUCGGGUACGGGCAAAACAGCGGCAUUUGUCAUAACAAUGGUAAGUCGCGUAGAUACGACUUUAAAAUAUCCCCAAGUGAUAUGCUUGUCACCGACAUAUGAAUUGGCGGUUCAGAUAGGCGAAGCAACUGCAAAGUUAGGACAAUUUCUACCGAAUAUAAAUAUAAACCUUGCAGUUCGCGGGGAAAAUAUAUCUUCCCACGCUCAGCUAAGUGAACACAUUAUCAUUGGCACUCCAGCAAAGUUGGUGGAUUGGUGUUUGAAAUUUCGUAUUUUCGAUUUGACGAGAAUCAAGGUUUUCGUUUUAGAUGAAGCUGAUAUUAUGAUAGGAACUCAAGGUCAUCACGAUCAAUGCAUUCGCAUUCGCAAGCAGCUCUCUCGAAAAUGCCAAAUGCUACUCUUCUCGGCCACUUACGAGCAAGAACUAAUGGAUUUUGCUCAAUAUAUUGUCCCAUCACCUAAUAUAAUACGACUUAGGAGGGAAGAAGAGACAUUGGAUAACAUCAAACAAUAUUAUGUACGCUGCAGUUCCCCAGAAGACAAGUAUAAAGCCAUAGAGAUUAUCUAUGGCAGCAUUGUAAUUGGUCAGGCAAUUAUAUUCUGUCAUUCCCGCAAAAUGGCUGUCUGGUUGGCUGGAAAAAUGAUGCUUGAUGGGCAUGCAGUAGCUCUACUAACUGGCGAGCUGACAGUCGAGCAGCGCUUAAUAGCACUUGAUCGUUUCCGUGUGGGUAUCGAGAAAGUUCUGAUCACUACGAACGUGUUAUCCCGCGGUAUUGAUGUAGAGCAGGUUACGAUUGUGGUGAACUUCGACUUGCCUAUCAAUGCUAAAGGUACUGCUGAUUGUGACACAUAUUUACAUCGUAUCGGUCGAACGGGGCGAUUUGGUAAGCAAGUUAUCGCAAUUAAUCUAAUACAUAGUAACAAGACAAUGCAACUUUGCCGCGAAAUCGAAAAACAUUUUAAAAAACCUAUUAAAGAAAUAAAUGCUGACAACGUAGAAGAUACUGAAAAAUUGGACUCCCAAAGCAGCAGUAUCUAG